AUGCAAGCAUUUGGUAAGAGUCUCCCUCCCUUCAAUCCGAAAUUCGACCUCAACCUCACCAUCCAUGACCUGAACAACGUUCCUCUCGUGACUGGCACAUCCUACGUGAAAUGGCACAUACCCUCCUACGCCGCCUCAGCCGAACACCGCGGCCACACACCCCGCGUCCUGAUCCGAGACCACAAAGUGACGUGGGACUACACGAAGACCAUCGGCGUCCGGCUGACGCUUGACAAACAUGGCUCGCUGCAGGAUUCUGAAAUACACUUCGAGGUGCUGCAAGAGUACUCACCAAGCGGGAGGGGAGAGAAGAUCGUGCUCGGCAACGUACGACUUAAUCUGGCCGAAUACUGCCUACCAGAAGGCGAAUAUGGAGGCCAAGACUUCAAUGAGCAAGGUCAGGGCGAAGGCGCUGGAGCGGGCGGAGAGGAGGCAACAAGGCCUGGCGCUGGUGUCGUGCGACGAUAUCUUAUGCGUGAGAGCAAAAUCAACUCCACGCUGAAGAUAGGCAUCCAUAUGCACCAAACCGAAGGCCUCACGACCUUCAUCCCUCCCCCCUUAAAGUCCGGCGGCGCCUUCACCGGCAUAGCAGGGAUAAUCGCCGGCUCCACAAACCCGUCUCACGACUCCGCCACCGACGAUGACGGCCACAUGCCCUCCAUGUCUCGUGGCGCGCAAGAGUCUGGAAAACUGCAGGACAUGUACCGUCAGAACCUCGCCGCCACCUGGGCGGCCCAGGCAGGCGAGCUCCCACCAGAUAAAUGCAUCGAGGAUAUCUUCCGCGGCGGCGACGGAUGGGGCGACGUCAAUGCCGGCCCAGGCGGGGAUCUCCACACGAGCGAUGGUGCUGGUGGGAGAUACGUGGGUGGGCACACGAGGGGGUUGAGUGGGGAGGUGGGGAGCGAUGAUGAGAAGGGCACAGUGAGGGGCCAUAGGAGACACGGAAGCAGUGGGACUGUCAAGGCGGGGAGAGGGGCGGAGAGGAAGGGAAGUGCCGUCAGUAUUAUCUCGAAUAGGAGUGGAGGGAGUGGGUCAAACACCCCGAGCGUGGGUGUCAGUGGGCGGACAAGCAUUCAGCAGCAGGUGCAAGGGGCGAGCGUUGCAGAGAAGAGGAUGAGGAGCCUGAGGGCGAAUGAAGUGGAUGAAUUCGCGGAGCGGGAGAAUUUGAGGAGUUGGGUCAUUGGGGGGCAGAGCUGA